AUGAAGUGGUUCUGGUUCAAAUUCUGGUUCUACUACCGCUUGUUUAUGUCAUGCUUACAGCAUUUCAACUUCUGCUUGGCAAUCUACACAAAUUGUGUCUAUUUCACGUUAUGGAAGGCUUACGAUCUAUUGUGGUUCUGGAUGCAUUUGAUGCUUUGCACGUGUUUCCCACAACUUCGAAGUGAGAAUUACCUCCUCGUUUGGUGUAACUUGAUAAAACACAAGCGUUUGUAUUACCCCGGAAAUACUUAUAAGGAAAUUUAUCUCAAACUUUAUGGUCAACCGGGUACCAAGUCUGAAAUCGCGUUGCAGGACAUUCGAGACAAGGAAAUCCAAGAGCACGAGGCUCGUCUUUCAAGGAGAAGGACUCGGAAACAAAGUCGAGAACGUUACGCAAGAGGAGAAACAGUGCCAGAAGAAGACUUGGAAGAGAGCUCAUCGGGGAGUAGUGGAGAAGAUGAUGAGAUGGACACGGUGGCGAUCAGGAAGAAGAAGAAUGGAUAUCCCCGAAUCGAUCCAAUCGAAGAGGAGGAGAAAGAGGUCCGCAAGUAUGUGUACGUUGGAACGGCUGUUGAGGACUCGAAUAAGGACUUGGAGACAGCUGCUCAAGAAAAGCCGAGUUCCGAUAUUUCUGAGCCAGUUGCUCCACCAAGAAAGCCACGAACCCGAACACCCGAGCUUGGAGCAAGGACAAACGCUGUAGAAUCUCAUGCCAGUAACACCACUCCACCACUACUACCGGGAGCCACCGAGCCGGGUAGUUCACGAGCCACUGAAGAGACUGAAGAAACUGAUGUCGCACAGGGAAGCGGCGAGGAGAGUGACACGAAUAGCACGAGUAAAUGGAUCGAAAAAGUGCCUGGGGUGCCAAAAUGCAUUAAGAACAGGUUUCACAAAGAGGCCAGCAUUCGAUCAACUUCUCCGCCGAAGCCCGAGAGGCCAUCGUGGGUGAAACCGCCGGAGACGUUCAUUGGGCGAACUUGGGGGAAAUUCCGACACAAUUUCGUCUCGAUUCCGAAAUUCCGAUGGAGUGCGAGUACAGAGCAGCGUGAGUAUCCUGAGAUUGACAUACUUCGACCCGACUUCACGAAUACGUACGACAUUCUCAAUCCAAAGAUGCUAGCAAAACGAGAGAAGCAUGAUCGAAAAGCCCUAACAAAACGCCUCCGACAACGAGAAAAAGAGCGGCUCCGAGAAUUGGCAAAGAUUGAAAGAAAUCGCAAGAAAGUGGCCGACUCAAUCGAAUUGGUGUUGGCUCUUCUUCGUGUGAUCACCUCGUUUGCCGUUUUGAUUGGGAACAUUCGUCGGACUUUCGUCUUUGCGAGAAUUAGCUACGUUCGCCCGGGCAACUACAAUUUAUACUUGCUUCAGAUGAUCUUCUCGGUGACAACUUCUAUUGACGUGACCAUGUUUCUGAUGAACUGUAUGUGGAUUUGGUGUUGUCAGUGGAACGUUCUCCUCUGCCGACUGGGAUUCAUUCGAUUCUGGUGUUUGCUGCUGUUAUUCAGUGUGACCUCAAUCUCGAUGAUUUGGCCAAUGUCAAGGGUGAUGGACGACUUGGAGGACGCUUCGUGGUGCAGAUUCAAGAACGGCUCAGAGCUCGCAAAGUAUCAGCCUCGUUGGCAUAUGACU